UUCUCUAUUGUCUAUUGACCCUUUCUGACAUGAUACUUUAUGGACGAGGUAUUUAAAGCAUCUUUUUUGUCGGGGACUACUCAGAACAAAAGAAACAUCGCUCCCAGAAUGCGGGCAUUGCCAACGCAUCAUCUCAUAGCAACAGGGGAAGUUGAUCACAGUUUACCAACGGCCUUCUUGAAUAUCUUAUUACAGUCUAUAUAACAGGUUACUCCAGCGUCCAUUGCGCGGUACAAGGUUAGACUCCGUGCUGAAUGGGGAGCAGUUGUUCGUGUAUCCACACCACGGUAACGCAGAUCCAUUUCUUGCAGGCUAACGCACCCAGCGGGAGCAGCAGUGAAGACAAGAGCGGGCAGGAGAUGAAAGGGUACGAGACGGAGGGAGGGGCGGAAGCUCAAGUAGACAGUGGGAAAUGGAACUUGCUCACUGGGGAGGUGAAAGCACUGUUGAACAUUUGCCCAAGAAACAACGACGUGGAUGCGCUAAUGAACCAAGUCAACGAAAUGCUGAAAACAGAUGACAACUUAAACAUUGAGUCGAACUAUGAGAACAUUGUAAAAGAACUCGAGAAAACCGGAGAGCUUUGGCGAGAUCCUGAAUUUCUUCCUGAGCCUUCAUCACUAACCUAUGAGCACAUGGCCCCAGAAGGAAUCGAAUGGAUCCGCACUUUGGACCUACAUGAAAAUCCUUUCUUCAUGACAGACGGAGUCAGCAAAAGUGACAUCGUGCAGGGUGAGCUGGGUGACUGCUGGUUUUGGGCAUCGGUGGCUACAAUCGCCAACUACAGAAGAUUAACGGAGCGAGUCAUUCCAUCAGGUCAAUUUAUCACCGGCAGCUCUCCAUAUUAUGGAAUCUUUCGCUUCCGAUUCUGGCAAUUUGGGAAGUGGGUAGAAAUUUUGGUGGACGAUUAUUUGCCAACAAGGAUUGGACAACUUAUUUACGCCAAAUCCGAGGCCAGUAAUGAAUUUUGGCCGUCGCUUUUUGAAAAGGCUUUUGCAAAGUUGCACGGUUCCUAUAAAGCGAUUGAGGGAGGGUGGACGCUGGACGCGCUGACCGACCUGACAGGCGGCGUGGGGGAAAUCUACAGGUUCUCGGAGUACGCUGACCGAUACGAGGAGCUGUACGACCAUCUUGCUGCGGCCUCCAGGAAGAAUGCGCUGAUGGCCUGUGGAACUGGGAAGGGAGAUGGAAAGUCUGGAGCUCAAGAUGGUUUAAUCGCCGGCCAUGCCUAUGGGGUGACUGCAGUAAGAAAGCUGACCACUCCAAGAGGGAGAGUGCCCCUUGUUCGGAUCCUCAACCCAUGGGGAUCAGGGAAAAAGAUGGAAUGGACUGGGGAUUGGAGUGAUGACUCCCCCCUGUGGGAUCAAAUCCCAACGUGGACUAAAGAAUCAUUUGGAUUUACCAAGAAGGAUGAUGGCGAAUUCUGGAUGAAGUUCGAUGACUUCUGCCGAAAGUUUGCAAAUAUCACAGUUCUGACCCUGGGCCCUGACUUUGAUGGUGAUGGAGGUGCAGAUGCUGGCAGCCUGCAGGAGGUAACGGGCCAGUGGGUGGCUGGAAUCAACGCAGGAGGAUGCAGGAAUAACAUGACCAAGUACAGCUGUAAUCCUCAAUAUCCCAUCACCAUUGCAGAGAGAGAUGCUCACACCGACUUUGAUGACGACCAAGAGGAUCGGGAAUGUUCUAUUUUAAUCUGUUUAAUCCAGAAUUACAGACGGACAAGCAGGAAGCUUGGACUCUUGAUGAGUCCCAUUGGGAUCCAGAUUUACAGAUCUUGCGAUCCUCUGAAGGUUUUAACUGCGAAACACUUCACACACGACGGGGAGGUUUCGGAUUCGGGAGCGUACGUGGCGCAGAGAAGCAUCACCCUCCGCUGCAAACUCACGCCGGGACAUUACGUGAUCAUUCCCAGCACCUUCGUGCCAGACACCGAUGAGGCUUUCAUGCUGCGCAUCUUCACUGACGCUCCGAUUCAGUCUCACCAGGGAUUCAACCUUGCAGAAGAAGCAGUGGACUAACCAUUCAAGGCCUGCUGAGAAGCGGCGAGACCGAGGACUUAAGAGGAAGAACAUACACUGGUGCAUGACAGAGCCAACACAAGGGCUUAGAAUAUCAGUGCAAUAGCCAUCACAGUGGUGCAAACAGACUUCAGUGUGCGGAUAAUAUCAUUAUAUAUUGUGUUUUUAAA